UAUUAUUGGCUGGAAAAUCUUCUCCUUCUUCUCUGGAGAGUAGAGUGUCAAAACCCUAAUUCCUGUCAAUUGGGUUAUACUCUCUCUACUAAUCACUAUACUGAUUGUUGAAAAAUGGCUUCUAUGUUCUUCAAAAGGCUGGCUAAAGCUAGCUCAAUAGGAUUCGGAGGGCAAUCGAAGUCCAAUUUUAAUGGGUUUCGCAUUCCAAUUGGAGCAAUUGCAGCAGCUUCUGGUGGAAUCUCUUAUUUGUACUACUACUCCUCUCCAAAUUUAGCUUAUCUUGAUGAAGUCAAAGAGGAUGCUGGUCCAAAAGUUGCUCUUAAACCAGAUAAGUGGAUUGAGUUUAAGCUGCAAGACACUGCUAGAGUUAGCCACAAUACUCAGUUGUUCAGGUUUUCAUUUGAUCCCUCUGCCAAGUUGGGUUUAGAUAUUGCGUCAUGCAUUCUUACAAGGGCUCCAUUAGGACAUGAUGCUGAAGGAAAAACAAAAUAUGUCAUACGUCCGUACACUCCUAUUUCUGACCCAGAUGCUAAGGGAUAUUUUGACUUACUGAUCAAGGUGUAUCCUGAAGGAAAAAUGAGUCAGCAUUUUGCUAGCUUAAAGCCUGGUGAUGUUGUUGAAGUUAAAGGGCCCAUUGAAAAGCUGAGAUACUCUCCCAAUAUGAAGAAACACAUCGGCAUGAUUGCUGGUGGCUCAGGCAUUACUCCUAUGCUUCAAAUCAUUGAGGCUAUCCUUAAGAAUCCUGAUGACAACACUCAGGUUACGUUGCUUUAUGGCAAUAUCUCCCCCGAUGAUAUACUACUCCAACAGAAACUCGACUUCCUGGCUGCUAGCCACCCAAAUUUUAAGGUAUUCUACACUGUAGAGAAUCCAUCAAAAAACUGGAAAGGAGGUGUAGGAUAUGUAUCAAAGGAUAUGGCUCUGAAAGGCUUACCUGGUCCUAGUAAUGAUACACUUAUCCUGGUAUGCGGCCCAUCUGGGAUGAUGGAACACAUUUCUGGUAGUAAGGCUAAAGAUUAUUCGCAAGGAGAGCUAACUGGCUUACUGAAAGAACUUGGAUAUACUGAGCAAAUGGUUUACAAAUUUUAGGAGAGGCAUUUAAGCAGCAUACAGAGUCGUUUUUUCGGCUGUUCUAAAAUUUUUGUAAUAAAUGUUUUCUACAGAAUCAGUGAAUGGAAACACAGGUUUCAAAAUACCAAAUAAUUGGAAAUGUUAGGGCCGUAUACUGAUCUGAGAUUUUACAGAGAAGUUAUAUGAGUAAAAGGGCUUGUGUUUAUGAUACUUGCAAGUUGGGUGCAUAUUAUAAGUUUUUAUGAACAUGUAUGAUUUUGAUAAUUUCCUUUGUCAAGAAAUGAAGUCAUCGUUUGAACCUCCAA